AUGUCAUCCAACCUCGAGGCCGAAUCGCCUCACAACAACUUCGAUACUAUCCUCGUCCUUGAUUUUGGCUCUCAAACCAGUCACCUUAUCCUUCGCCGACUUCGUGCUCUUGGCGUCUUCGCUGAGCUGCUUCCGUGUACCACCAAGAUCGCUGAGCUGACAUGGAAGCCCAAAGGAAUUGUGUUCUCUGGAGGUCCCGCUUCUGUCUAUGAUGAUGGCGCUCCCCAUGUUGACCCCGCUGUUUUUGACCUCGGUGUGCCCAUUCUUGGUAUUUGCUAUGGUUGCCAGGAGAUCGCUUGGCGCAUCAACUCAAAAAAUGUUGCCCGCGGCGAGGCGCGAGAAUAUGGUCACGCCGACGUCAACAUCGUCAAAGUCAAUAGCCAUGUCGACCGGCUCUUUGCUGGCUUGGGUGAUGGAAUGCCCGUUUUUAUGUCCCACUUCGACAAGCUAGUUAGCCUGCCUGAGGGCUUCGUGGUCAUUGGUGCUACCAAGAACUCAGAGUACGCCGGUAUCGCUCAUAAGGAGAAGCCCAUCUUUGGCGUUCAAUUCCAUCCUGAACUCGAACAUACACCCCGCGGCGUUGACGUUCUCCGCAACUUUAGCGUUGAUAUCUGCGGAGCCCAACCAAACUGGAAAAUGGGCGACUUCGUCCAGCUCGAGAUUGCUCGCAUCCGUGAACUCGUUGGUCCCCGAGCACUCGUCCUUGGUGCUUGCAGUGGUGGUGUAGACAGCACUGUCGGAGCUAAAUUGAUGCGUGAAGCUAUCGGCGACCGCUUCAAAGCUAUUCUUAUCGACAAUGGAUUCAUGCGUUUGAACGAGUGCGAGGAGGUCAAGAAGACACUCGAGGAACACCUUGGCAUCAAUCUCACUGUUGUCAACGCUGGCGAGCUCUUCAUGAGCCGUCUUGCGGGUGUUUCUGAUCCCGAAAAGAAGCGCAAGAUCAUCGGUUCGACUUUCAUUGAUUUGUUCGAACAAGAGGCUAUUAGGAUCGAGAAAGAAGCAGAGAACACCUCCAACUCCGGAAAGGUGGAAUGGUUUUUGCAGGGAACCCUGUACCCUGAUGUUAUCGAAUCUUUGAGUUUCCGUGGUCCUUCAGCCACCAUCAAGACUCACCACAACGUCGGUGGUCUACCUGAGCGAAUGAUGAAUGGCCAAGGCUUGCGUCUUAUUGAACCUCUCAGACUUUUAUUCAAAGAUGAAGUGAGGGCAAUCGGUCGCCAACUCGGCAUCCACGAAUCCCUCGUAAACAGACACCCCUUCCCCGGUCCCGGUAUCGCCAUCCGCAUUCUCGGUGACUGUACCGAAGAGCGCGUUAAGAUCGCCCGUCAGGCCGAUCACAUCUUCAUCACCAAGAUCAAGGAAGCCGGUCUUUACGACCAGAUCUCUCAAGCUUUCGCCGGUCUCGACACAAACCGUAGCGUUGGUGUUUUCGGUGACCAGCGAGUUUGGGGAUACAUUGUGAUCCUCCGCGCCGUUCGAACCAAGGAUUUCAUGAGCGCAGAGGUGUUUAACUUUGAUCACGCUUUCCUCGGAGAUGUUUCUCGUACCAUCUGCAACCAGGUCGAGGGAGUGUCCCGUGUCGUCUAUGAUCUAACCUCAAAGCCUCCUGGUACCAUUGAGCUGGAAUAA